AAAAAAAAAGGCAAGAAACAAAAACGGUGCAGGUUCUGUGCGCGUGCGGUUUUUUUCUUCAUCAGCCUCCAUAUGAAGGAGUGAGGGAGCAGAGCGCACGUUUUGUGUUUUAUUUUUGCCUCUGGGAGCUGGACUGGACUGUGAUUUCCUCUGCUGGUGCCGAUGCUGCUGGGGUGCAUUUUAAUCUUUAAAGCAACAAUCUAUAUCUCAUUAGGCGCAGGGUCGAUGUGUGUUUAUCAGUCUGCUCGGCUGCUGCAGAUGUGCAGACGCGCUCUGGUGUUCAGUUCAUCGGGCUGAACGUGCGCAGACGGAUGCGUAAAGCUGUUACGCAUUUUGGACACCCUUUUGUUUUCCACUCUGCAUUUGUGUUUCUUUCCCCCUCGAUCGCUUCUUCUCGGCUGCUCCCAGUUCUGGUGGACUGUUAGGAGGACCUGGAGGUGGUAAACUGGAGGACUUCAUGUGCUUCGUUCUCAUAGGCUAGACGCUGUUGGUUAAGCGCGACUGACCAGGCGCGCGCGCGCGCACGUGUGUGUGCGUGUCUGUCUGUGUGUGUUUGCGCGCGCGCGCGCAAAAGGGGGGCUUCUUCAACGUCUGAAGAACGCUUUGGUCCGAAGGGCAGCCGGCAAAAAAAGAAAUAACUAAAUAAACCGCGAAGCUGCUGUCUACGUGGACCGGUGCUGAAGUCUCCCGUCCUCCCGCCAGGACCUUCGCCAAACCCAGAGACAUGGCGACGAACGGCACCAAAACGGACGGACAGGUCACGGAACUGAACGAGGUGGUGGCCACCAACAAUGACAAGCCCAAAUCCCUGGACGUGAAGCCCGAGAAGACGAAAAAGGAGUUGCCGGCCAGAGAAACAUGGGUGGGCAAAUUUGAUUUCCUCCUGUCUUGCGUGGGUUAUGCAAUUGGACUGGGGAACGUGUGGAGAUUUCCCUAUCUGUGUGGGAAAAACGGUGGAGGAGCCUUCUUGAUCCCUUAUUUUUUGACCCUGAUCUUUGCUGGGGUCCCCUUGUUCUUACUGGAAUGCUCCCUCGGUCAGUACACAUCAAUUGGAGGACUUGGUGUGUGGAAACUGGCUCCUAUGUUUAAAGGUGUGGGCCUCGCAGCAGCCGUCCUCUCCUUUUGGCUCAACAUCUACUACAUUAUAAUCAUUGCUUGGGCCAUUUACUACCUGUACAACUCCUUCACCACUGAUCUACCAUGGAGCUCGUGUAACAAUCUAUGGAACACAGAAAAAUGUUACACAAACUACUCCAUCGCUGAUACCACCAACCUCACCAGUGCUGUGGUGGAGUUCUGGGAGCUCAACGUGCAUCAAAUGACCGACGGCUUGGAAAAACCAGGCCAGAUUCGAGUGCCACUGGCGAUAACGCUGGCCAUCGCCUGGGUCCUGGUGUACUUCUGUAUUUGGAAAGGGGUCAGCUGGACAGGAAAGGUCGUUUACUUCUCGGCCACGUACCCUUACUUCAUGCUGUUCAUCCUCUUCAUUCGCGGCGUGACUCUACCCGGAGCUAGAGAGGGGAUUUUGUUCUACAUUACCCCCGACUUCGAAAAGCUGAAAGAAUCGGAGGUAUGGCUGGACGCGGCCACCCAGAUCUUCUUCUCUUACGGACUGGGUCUGGGGUCGCUCAUAGCUCUGGGCAGCUAUAACACGUUCAAUAACAACGUCUACAGAGACUCCAUCAUUGUGUGCUGCAUCAACUCGUGUACCAGCAUGUUUGCUGGCUUUGUAAUCUUUUCCAUUGUUGGCUUCAUGGCGCAUGUGACAAAGAAAAACAUCGCGGACGUAGCAGCUUCAGGCCCUGGCUUAGCUUUCCUUGCGUACCCGGAGGCUGUGACCCAGUUGCCUGUCUCACCUCUCUGGGCCGUUCUGUUCUUCUCCAUGCUGCUCAUGCUGGGGAUAGACAGCCAGUUCUGCACCGUUGAAGGCUUCAUCACUGCCCUGGUGGAUGAGUUCCCCAGGGCUCUGCGAGGCAGACGAGAGAUCUUCAUCGCUGUUGUCUGCCUGGUGUCGUAUGUGAUCGGACUCUCAAACAUCACACAGGGUGGAAUCUAUGUGUUCAAACUGUUUGACUACUACUCUGCCAGUGGGAUGUGUCUGCUGUUCUUGGUCUUCUUUGAGUGCAUCUCCAUAUCCUGGUGUUACGGUGUAAACAAGUUCUAUGACAACAUCCAGGAGAUGAUCGGCUACAGACCGUGUAUAUGGUGGAAGCUGUGCUGGGUCGUGUUCACCCCUCUCAUCGUGGCUGGGGUGUUCUUGUUCAGCGCCGUCCAAAUGGUUCCUCUCACGAUGGGAGAAUACGUGUUCCCGGGCUGGGGUCAGGGAGUAGGUUGGCUCAUGGCGCUGUCCUCUAUGGUUCUCAUACCAGGAUACAUGGUGUAUAUGUAUCUUGGUCUCAAGGGCACUUACAAGGAGCGAUUUCGAAUAAUGUUUCAGCCUCCUGCAGUCACCAGGCGAUGUCAGGAGAAUGGGCCUGAGCAACAAAUGGAAACCAACACUGCUAAUUUAUCCAGCCCCACCAAUCCCGCCAGCGCUGCUCCCGCAAACCCCGCCAGCCCCACCAAUCCGGCUCCAGCUAACUCAACCAGCCCGGUGACGCCCGCUAAUGUAGCCCUGCCCCCGACUAAUCCAGCCUCCGCUUCUAGCCCGGUGACGAGUCCUACCGCCACCAUCACUACCACAGUCACCACGACCAGUCCAGCUAACCCCCCCACCACAACUGUUAGCCCAACCAGCCCACCUCCCAAGCCAACCAGCCCAACGGAGCCCGUCAGUCCCCCGAACCCAACCAGCCCAACUUCUAACGUGACCAAGGCCGAGGCCAACGUGUAGUCAGCAAAGAACCACCCCUCCCUCGAGAAGCAUUUAGGCAAAAAAAGGAAAAAAAACAUUGUAAAGGACUUCUAAGAUUUUAAUUGAUUCACCUACCUCCGAGGGCAAUAUGUGAUCAAAACCGAUUUCCAAAUCACGUUUCCUUUUUCUGCGUUUGUUAAAUCAAGCCAAUGAUGUCUUAUUGUUGGUUUACAUCCUGAAAACAAAUUCAAGACUGUUAGUGUUGACAAACUACAACCGUGAUUCUGAAU